AUGGAGCCGCGGGCCGGCUGCCGGCUGCCGGUGCGGGUGGAACAGGUCGUCAACGGCGCGCUGGUGGUCACCGUGAGCUGUGGCGAACGCAGCUUCGCCGGGAUUCUGCUUGACUGCACGAAAAAGUCUGGCCUCUUUGGACUGUCUCCAUCUACUCUGCUGCCUCCAGCUGAUGACCCCUCUACCAUUAGCUGCAAUGGCCAGGUUACUGAGGAAGGGACUGGGGAAGCAAUGCAGCUGGAGACAGGCUCCUUGCCUCCUCCCCACAAAGACAAGUCCCCAGAGGAGGAGCAGCCUCUCAAGACAGCUGGUCCUGAGCUGCCCCCACCCCUUGUACCACCUCUGCCUGUUGGUAGCCUACCUCCCUUCCCACCCUACUUUGAAGGUGCCCCAUUCCCCCACCCGCUAUGGCUGAGGAACACCUACCAGCAGUGGGUACCCCAGCCCCCACCCAGGACCAUCAAGCGGACCAGGCGGCGACUGUCCCGCAACCGGGAUCCAGGCAGGCUCAUCCUGAGCACCAUACGCCUGAGGCCACGCCAAGUGCUGUGUGAGAAAUGCAAGAGCAACGUGAGUCCCCAGGAGGCCACCUCUGGCCCCCUGGCCACUCCCAGGGCCCGCCGGAGGCUGGGCAGUGGCCCUGACAGUGAGCACCGCAAGCUUGAAGAGCCAGAGGAUGGUGACCGCACAGCUGCAGCCACCCCAAGGAGAAGCAAGAGGGAGAGACGGGAGGAGGACAGGGUCCCUGGGGAGCAGGUGCCACGGAGCCCCGUCAUCAAGAUCUCUUAUAGCACACCCCAGGGCAAGGGCGAGGUGGUCAAGAUCCCAUCCAGAGUGCAUGGCUCCCUGGAGCCCUUCUGCCCUCAACAGUCUCUACAGAAUGGCAGCCAGGACUCGGAGGCAGUGAGGGAUAUAGAACCCAGGGGUAGUGGGGACCGGCCACCCAGUGGGCCUUCAGCCUCUAUCCCUAAACUGAAGCUGACGCGUCCAGUGCCUCCCACCUCAGACCUGCCGCCUCCCAAAAUCCGCCUGAAACCCCAUCGGCUGGGGAAUGGGGAGCGCGAGCCCUUGUACCGGGCUGAGCUAGUGGAGGAGCUAAAUGGCUGCCCACGUGGCCACAGGGCUAGCUCUCCCUCCCUCUUUGCUGAUGGCUCUACCCGCAAGCUGGAAGAUUUGUCUUCUGGAAGUUCUGGUGAGGAUGAUGACCUCAAGAGGUUUCCCCAAGGUAAACCGGGACGAGCUGGCUUGACUUUUCUUGUUGAUUGCCCUGAGAGGAGAGCAGAUUGUGCCAGUGAAUCUAUGUGCAGCAGUGACAGCCUCGACGAAUUGAAAUCGUCUGGUUCAGAAGUGACAUCUCCAGACACAGGGGACCUGUCAUCCGGAGAUGGUACCUCUGCACUUUCCUCUUCUGGUGAUGCUCACCAGACAGUCCCUCCCCUCACAGUCAGACUGCACACUCAGAGCGUCUCACAGUGCGUGACUGAAGACGGAAGGACGGUGACCGUGGGGGACAUCGUGUGGGGUAAGAUUCAUGGUUUUCCUUGGUGGCCCGCGCGCGUCCUUGACAUCAGCCUUGGCCAGAAGGAGGACGGAGAGCCCUCUUGGCAAGAAGCAAAAGUCUCAUGGUUUGGGUCUCCAACUACAUCAUUCUUGUCUAUUUCAAAACUUUCCCCUUUCUCUGAAUUUUUCAAACUGAGAUUUAACCGUAAGAAGAAGGGGAUGUAUCGGAAAGCUAUAACUGAGGCGGCAAAUGCCACGCAUCAUGUGGCUCCAGAAAUAAGGGAGCUCUUGACCCAGUUUGAAACGUAACUUUGGUUCCAGGAGCAGGUCAUCAACAGUGAAGUGCAGCCGCUGUCCUGGAACUUCUGGCCUCCGUCUGAGGGGCCCAUGUGCCUCUGGCUGGGUGUGUGCGGAAACAUGCUGGGCACAGUGGUCGACCUGACUCAAGGUCCCCAGAGGAGCACAUGUGCACAAGGAGGGGCCACGGCUGGGGCACCUGGCUCCUCUCAGCUGAAUGUAUCUGUUCCCAGGGCUCAGGCUGCAGCAUUCCUGGCUGGGAAGUGGCCUGGAGUUUGGUGACAUGUUUGCUGCUUCGUGUGCCAGCAGCCUCCAGCUUAGGCAUCCCCAUACAGAAGCAGGGCCCUCUGCCCAGCCUGUGUGGCUGCUGGUGUGAGUACUGCCCAGCCACAGAGCGCCCUCCCAGGUCUGGCCUUGGCUGCUCAGCUUGAGCUACCCUGCAGGCUGGAGAAAACCAAAUUGCACGUAUGGGGUCCUCCUUCCUCAGCCCCGGGGUGCAGGGUCUCUGUGCACUCGAGGGCCAGGACCUACCUGCAUCUCCCCCAUGUUCCCCUCAGAGCAUCAAAGCGUUCCUGGGCUCCCAGCCCUGGCCUGCAAGAGCACCUCGUUGGAAGGUUGCUAUGUUGCCAGUACUGGGAGGGGGAGCGGGAGGGCAGACCUGAAAACAGGCCUCAGGUUAGGAGAGACCAGCUCUCCCCUGUGAGGCCACAUUCCUUUCUCCUCUGUUACUUCUAAGACCCAAAAGAAAACAGAAAGAAAAAGGAAACUGCUUCUUCUACUUCUUUGUUUAAACAUGAAGAAUAAAGAGAGGUCCGUGUCAAGGCUCUGGCCUGAACAGUCACAAAGCUGCACCCAUGUCUGCCUGACCUGUGAGAGGUUGAAGUCCUUUUGUGGAGGAGAGAAGGGCUAUGGCCCCUGUCAAGAUGGCUCUUUGCCUCUCAUGGCUCAUCAUCACCUGACUGGAGGCAAACUGCAGCAAGCCCCAUUCUGCUCCAGGUGGCAGUUCCCACGUCCUGCCUUGCAACUCCCUCCUGGUUUCCUGUUCACCCUUGAACUCCCAGCUUGGGCCUGGAGUAGUUUGUCUGCUGCGGAGCCCUCUCUCUCUGUGCCUCCCUUAGCUCUGUCAGACCUGAGGGGCAUCCUGAGGCAUGGCAGCGGCUUUGCUCAUUCCUCAUUUUGAUGGAACAGUCUGGGUUCUGAGGGUGCCACAACCCUCAGAAGGAACUGUGGGUAGGACAGGGACUGUGGUCUUCUCCAGGAGAAGGGGCUCAACUCAGAUCCAUCACUGCCUGGCCCCGUGAUUGCUCUCUUGGUGUUUGCCCAACACUUUCGAAACAGCAAAUCUCAAUCUCCCCAGAUUCAAAUCCCCCAGAAGGAGGUGACAUCAGCUACUCAGCCCUGAGACCACACACACACACCACGUCCUGUUUUUCAGGAUUUGGGUUCCCUCAUCUUGGGGGGUGGCUAUGUCAGAGGAUGUAUCCUGGUGAAUGGGGGACUCAUGUUCCCUAUGUAGUGAACUCAUGACUAGAACAGGAAACCUUCCUCCAGUGCCCUAGUGUCUGGGCCUGGGAGUCUUUGAAAAUACAUAGUGCAUACCUUAAUUCCAGCACUUAGGAGGCAGGGGCAGAUGGAUCUCUGUGAAAUUGAGGCCAGACUAGGCUACAGGGAGACCCUGUUUCAAAAUAAAACAACCUCCUCCCUGGCCCCCAAAUGCAUAGCCGGGGGUGGGGACUCUACAUGAGGGUGAGGGGACUGAAGGAAUGCGGGCAGCCAGGCUUGCCUUUGUGCCCCCCCUUGAGGCUGUGACAGUAGGAGUUGCCCCCAACUUUCCCUUCAACCUAGGAAGGCUGAGCUUUUGUUUCUGGAUGAUCAGGGCCUGGGAAGCCAGACUUGCUGCUGCAGAUGGGUGGUGGUCACACCACACUGGGUCCUGAAUUGCUGCACUUCCUCCCAGGGACUCCCACAAAAUCCUGCACUGGGAAAAUUCCUGCUUCCAGUUAGCUUAAGCCCAGGGGACCCUGCUCCCUAGGUUGCCUAGGGCCUGGGACAGGUUUUCAUCUUCAGGAGGCCUGCUCUACUGGGCAGAAGGGUGAGGGUAUAUCUCGCUCUAAAACAAACACAACUACGCAAGGCACAUUUGGGCUUUUCUGUGGAGUGAUUUAUACAUCCAUCUUUAAAAACUUUAGGUCAGGGCCAGGCAUGGUGGCAUGCCUUUAAUCCCAUCAUUUGGGAGGCAGAGGCAAGCAAGAUCAGCUUGGUCUACGUAGCAAGUUCCAGGUGAGUCAGGGCUGUACUGUGAGACCCUGUCUCGAAAACAACAAACAAGAAAGACCGCUGGCACCUGUCCCAGACCCCGGGCCGGGGGAACGGAGUGGCCUUCUACUGAGGAUUGAAGAAAUAAGUCGGCACCAUGUGUGAACACUGUGCCCGGAGGUCUCCAACAGCAACUCAGAAGGCUGGCUUUGCCCUCUGUCCAUAGCUAUCUUUGGUACCCAUAUUUCUGAACCACAAGUUCUGGAUGAGGCCAGCAGGGUCUAAGGGGGGCAAGACCAACUCCCUCAGCAAAGUAGAAGAGGGUUCCUCAUGCACUCUGAUUCCAGACAUCAUCUUUCAGCCCAGGAAGACACUGUCUUGGGGGCCCAUGGUUUAGCCUUUCUGCUAGGGGAAUUGCGGGUCCAGGAAUACUCGCCACUGGGCAGCACCUGGCCACACACAUGGCCUUCAUCAGGCCAGAGCUUCUGACAAGAUUUUAGGCCAGUGAUAGUUGCAUGGCCUAGUGUCUGAAAAUGAGUCCUUCCACAUCAGACCAGUUUGAGACCAACUUCCAGAACCUCGGCUUCUGGACCUCAGGAUUGGAUCAGGGACUGUCCAUCCACAUAUGCAGAGGGCUCUGCAAGUAAGCUUCCCUGCCUGGUAGAUCUCAGCAGUCAGCCCUGGGCACCUCAUCCUAGAGAACUGAGAGGUUUCAGUGAAAAGUCCCAGGGUCUGGCGGUGCCCUUUGUGGUAGCCAGGGACCCUGGGCCUUGACCGAGAAGGGUAGAAAACACUACCUUAGACCCUCAAGCCCAGCUCCCCAGUGCACUGGGGAGUCCUCUCUCUGGAACAAAAUGAACAUUUGCGUGUCUGGUUCUUCCCAAACUUCAGGUCCAUGAAAGCCCCUCUCAUGUCCCUGGUAGCACUUCCUAGGGAGGCCAGGGGAUUGUCACACGGAUGUCUCUCUGAGGGAUGGGCCUGUCCGGCUAUCCAACUGUGACCCUCAUGCCACCUGAUCCUACUCAGGGAAACCUUCUUACCCUAGGUUGGGGCCCCUUGGCUGCACACAAGAUUGUUGCCCUCUUAAGCUGCCCACUGGCUCAGAGGCCCAAGGCGCUAAACCUCCUUGGAGGAGUGGUCAGUACAGAGUCUUCGAGUCCUGAACUUGCCUGUACGCCCUAGCACCCACUCCCGGCCUGGGGACAACAGCAGUCCUUGGGUAUGGCAGAAUGUAGAUAAUGCUUCUGAUCUAAUUAAAAGUACAGGCAACUUUUAAAAGCCAUUAA